ACAAAACCACAAACUUCGCUUAACCAUGAGCUUUAUAAAAAGCUGUAUGGCUUUAACCAACUUUGGAUCGAUGAUGCCUUCACUGUCAGUAGAGGGCGCUGUGUAUCUCGUCCGGUGUCGUUGGGAGGUUUAUGUGGCGUAUUCGCCGGCUUUGCUCACGAAAAAGCACCCGAUUUUGCAGAGUAUGGGCAAGUGGGGGAAGUACAAGAAGAAAUACAACAGCAAAUGGGAGGAUCAGCCCGGUAUUAGGGACUGGAUUGGUCGCGUACCGAACGAUGACACCAAGGUCAUGUGUCGAUAUUGUAAGUGUCGAUUACGAGCGCACAACCACGACCUUCAUCGUCACGCGCAGACGUCGAAGCACCGGUCAUUUGCAGGACCGAAGGCUAGCGCCCCUCUAGAAUUGCCAGACAGUGGACCCAGCGCCUUCAACAGCAUGUCUAGUUACGACGUACCUCAUGUCCUGCAUCCGACGGCUGUAGAGAAGGCCGUCAAACGCUGGUUGUUGGAAGACACGCCGGGCUUCGAUCACGCCGGGUUUGUGGUGGGUGACUUGGAAGAGACGGCGGUCAUCAUGUGCAAGAGUCCCGGCGUGCUGGCUGGGGUGCCCUUCGUCGACGCGGUCUUCCACGAACUGGACUGCUGGGUGCAGUGGAAGUUCCGUGAGGGGGCCGAGCUGUACGACAUCCCCUGCGAAGUGGCCACAGUCACGGGGCGCGCUCGGCGCAUACUGCUUGGGGAGAGGCUUGCACUGAACAUUCUCGCCCGGGCCAGUGGGGUCGCCAAGAAAGCACGACGCUUUACCCAGAUUGCACAGAGCCACAAUUGGCAUGGGGAGAUCGCUGGGACGCGCAAGACAACCCCAGGGUUUCGAAUGGUGGAGAAAUACGCCUUGCUGAUCGGUGGAGUGUCAACACACCGUUACGACUUGUCCAGUAUGAUCAUGCUGAAGGAUAAUCACAUCUGGUCUGCAGGAAGUAUUACAAAGGCGGUCCAUGAUGCCAGACGUGUUGGCGGCUUCAGCAGCAAGAUCGAAGUGGAAUGUCGCAGCGUCCCCGAAGCGACUGAAGCAGCCCUUGCCGGUGCCGAGAUUGUCAUGCUGGACAACUUUGAGCCACAGGCAGCGCGAGAGGCAGCGGGCAAUCUGAAGGACUUGUUUCCCCAGCUGAUUAUCGAGGUCAGCGGCGGGAUCACUGAGGAAAACGUCAGUCAGCUCUUCAGCCCGUACAUCAACGUUCUGUCAUCGAGCACACUGGUUCAGGGCUACUCGGUGGUUGACUACUCGCUCAAGAUCGUGAAGCCCGGCCAUGACCCACGCAACCCCACGGUCACAACGCCUCGCACUAGCAUGCCUGUCGACCCCACCAUGCCUAGUCAGGCGCUCAUCAACAGCAUGAUGCUGACGACCGCCGACACUGGCGACGGGGGUGCCUCUGCCCGCGACGUGGAGCCCCAGGGUCUGGUGCAAGGCGAACAGGGCGAGGAGCUGGAGACCACUACCGUGAUCAUCACCACCACGGACGACAACGUCUCGAUCAUGGAGAGCACUGGUCACAGCCAGUCCUAACACCCUUACCAUCCUGGUACCCAGGAUGUAAUUUGUGAGUAGGUUACCAGUGUCAAUCAAGUGGCGAGGGAGGACUGAUCAUCACUCAAGCUUGUGCACUGUUAGUGGAUUUGAAGAUAUCGUGAGGCAUUUGAGUAAACCUAAUCUUUCACCCUUAAUUCUAUUUCUUUCACAAUGCAACCAAGAUUUAUAGAUUUUCCACUCCAACCACACAUUUGGUGUGACAUGAACAUGUGAAAUUCAACCCAAGGCUAUGUGAAUAAGCCAUUUGCAAGUUAACUUUGAAUAAAAUUUGGUACACUGAGUUAUUUAAAUUCACGUGAACAUAAC